AUGGUCCAAUUAUCUUCCGACCUGGGGCUCAAGGUCUCCGUGGGAACAUUUAUUCUGAGCUCGCUGUUCCUGGCGACUUCAUAUAACACUACAUUUGCCUUUGACCGACCGAUCAGUACCUCUGUGCUCGUGUGCUUCCUCACCGGAGUUAGUUUCUUGACAUGGAGUCGCUUCACAUCCGUGUCUUCGACACCGCCGUCGCCAACAAGCAAACGACCAGGCCUCCCGCUGGCAGAGCAAUUUGAGCUCCCUUCCCGCGCAUCGAGCUCAUCCUUUCCAGUGGGUGACGUCGACACCCGUCCGCGAGUGCGGUUUCAGUCCUGGUGGAUCAAAGUCGGCCUGCUCCUGGGGCUAUGUGGCGCGCGAAUCGAAUCGUUCCGUCAAAUCAGCCGCAACACCGAAUGCGCGCCCGCCGGAUAUACCUACGCGAUUCCGUUCGCUGUCUCCAUUUAUGACUUCUGGCGCAAUCAGCGAUCCCGCCAAACGGAUAACUAUGUGCCGAUCCAGCGGUUUCAAAGCCUGCCGCUUCAGGUAACAUAUUCGAUGUCUCGCCGGAGUUUCUACUACCUGACCCAAAGCCGCUUCCGAGGGGUGAUCGCGGCGGCUUUCUUGUCAAUUGGUGGCCUUCUGGCUUCUUCGCUCCUUGAUGGAACACGGUCGUCAUAUAUUUGCCCUAUAGUGUCAGGUGGCGCAUCGCGAAUGCAAUCUCUCAAGAUAUUCAAUCUGUUCGUGGAUUCCGGACUGCUCAUUGGGGUCACCGAGCUAUGUCGCAUUGGGGCUCAGUUCGACGACGCGCGGAGAAAGCGAGCACUGACGUUCCUUGGAGCUGGCCUCCUGGGCGUCUCGUUUAUCUGGAGUGUUCUCUCAUUCUGGGUGUCGAAUAGCUCCCCUGAGCUCGCAGGCCAACCCAUGUUCGAUUUGGAGUACUCUCGUGGCGCAUUCAGCCAAUCCAUCCUAGUACUGCUACUGGUGGUGUCUGCAUGGCACAUGCUCCCACAUUUUGACAUUUUGGGUGUCUGCAUCAUAGGCGGCUUCACAAUCAUGUACUUCUCAUCCUUGUCUGCAUUGACAAGUGCACAGGAGCCUUUCCCCUUCAUAUCAUUGACCCACGCCAUUUUACCAUUUGCGGCAUGCUGGACUGGUGUCGUUAUAUUCCUGCUUGCGCGGAUCGUUCACGAUGAAGAAUCGAAACCGUUGUACCGCACCAACAUCGCAAUCCAAGUGCUGUUCCUAUUGCUCAGUGCUAUUGGUUUGUUCUUCGCAGUGAACAAGCAUAGGUUCUUUCACAUGCAUCCCAUUGAUUUCCUCGUCCACGAAGGCAGGGUUCGGCAUGAUAAUUUCAUGAACCAGGCCGCAAGCAGCAAGAGCCUCGGAGAUGCUGUUUGGGAGUACCGGAGAAGAUAUGAUCAGCACCCUCCUCCGGGUUUCGACAAGUGGUACCAAUAUGCCACUAGUCGAUCGUCGGUUGUCAUCGACGAUUUCGACCAGAUCCAUCACGAUCUGCUUCCUUUCCGAGCCGUGGCCCCGGAGCACAUCCGGGCAAUGACCCAUGAGUUGGCUACCAACCCAUUCAAUGAUCUCGGUGGAAUUAGGAUUCGCAACGGUACCGCCAUGGUGCAGGAAGGCAUCAAACCUACCCAUGCAUGGAUGGUGAAAGGUGCUGCGGACAUGAUGGAGAACUUUGUCAAACAUCUCCCCGACAUGGACUUGGUAUUCAACCUAAACGACGAGCCGCGAGUGGCAGUGCCCUGGGAGAAGGUUUCAGGGUUGACACGCCAGGCCCAAAUGCAGAACAUGGUACCCGAAGAGCAUGCGAUAAACACUUGGUCGACCAACCGAGAAGAGGGCUGGGCCCCCAUUGAACCCGCCGACCAAACCAACAUCACAGUGUUCACCGAUGGGGCCUGGAGAGGGGUUUUUGACCCCUAUGUCGGGGCCGUAUGCCCUCCUUCGUCCAAGGCUCGCUCCCAACGAAUCUGGAACCGUCACGAUAUUUGCCUGUCCUGCACAGCGCCUCAUUCCAUGGGUCAGUUCCCGCUGGACUUCAACAUCGCGUCGGACAUCUGCCAUCAGCCAGACAUUGCAUUCAUGCAUGGCUUGUUGAUAUCGCCGGCUUCAUUCAAGGUCUCCCAGGAACUCAUCCCCGUGUUCAGCCAGAGUGCUUUAUCCGGGUUCAAUGACAUCCUUUUCCCCAGCCCCUGGAACUACAUCGACAAGGUGAAAUAUGAACCCACAAACGACCACCCUGACCCGGAAUACGGGCACAAGGAAAACUCCCUCUACUGGGUUGGCAGCACGUCGGAAGGCGUGAGUCGCUUUGGCGAAUGGAAAGGCAUGCCCCGCCAGCGCUUCGCCCAUCUCAUCAACAACAACACCAACAAUGACGUCUCUGUCCUGCUCCCCGCAGACGAUGGCUCUUUCCGCUACGAAAUCAUGGACGGCUCCGCCCCCACCGAGAAGCUGCAACUCCAAACCUCCGUCCACCUCGCCGAUCCCAUCGUCCGCUGUGAAGAUUGCGAGGAACAAGCUGCCGAAAUGGGCACUGUAGGCUGGGCCGACUUCCAAGCUCACUGGUCCCACCGCUACCUCUUCGAUCUUGACGGCGCCGGUUUCAGCGGUCGCUUCCUGCCAUUCUUACAUAGUCACAGUCUGCCUUUUAAGACCGGUCUUUUCCGACAGUGGUUUGACCCCCGUGUCUCUUCCUGGCUCCAUUUCGUGCCUAUUGACAUUCGUCUCCAUGGGAUGUGGAGUACCCUGGCGUACUUCGCGGGUGUACCCGCCCCCGCGACCGAUGGACCCGAUGCCCCCAAGGCCCGGAUGAAGAGUCAUGAUCAACAGGGCAAAUGGAUCGCCGAGGAGGGGCGGAAGUGGGCGCAGACUGCACUCCGCAAGGAAGACAUGGAGAUCUACUUCUUCCGACUUCUUUUGGAGUGGGGACGUUUGACGGAUGAUCAGCGGGAUGUGCUUGGAUUCAAACCUUAA